UACGGUUCGAAUGAGGCAAACGUAGGCCUAAUUAUUGAAAGGGACACAACAUACGUGGUGGGUCUCCCAGUAGAUUUUCUGCUCUCAUGGCUCUAACGCAUUGAGCAGUGCUGUAGCGGUAACUGGAUAAAGUUGAACCGAGCACAGACUGAGAACCAACCUCACUAUCUUUAGCAGCACAAAAAAAUAAAAAUAAAACUUCAAAGAAGAAGGAAAAAGGAAGACUUAAAAGUUAAAACCCCCCAAGGAGGGGUUUAUUAUAUUGCUGUUGGUGGAUGCUUCAGUGCAAGUUUUUCUUUCUCUUCAAUGGAAUGUUGUUCUUCUUUAAGCUUUUGCGUACCCAAAAGACCUUUACCAUUAAUCAGAACUGCAUUAUUUAGUAGCAUUUGCAGUAGCAGUAGGAAGCAGCAGAUGCCCAUUGUCCAACUCUCUGCAAUUUCUUACAAAAAAUUCAUUAACUCUGCUUUGGAUGAAACCAAACGCCACACCCAUUUGGCACCUUCUCCCUUGCAGGAAAGAUAUAAUUCUAGGAUCUCAAUGGAUGGUAAAUCAGAGAUUGAAAUGUUGUCAUUCGAAGCUACUAAAGUUAGGCUUCUGCGUAGCCUUUGCAUUGAGAGUCAAACAAUGCAGGUUUUGGAUUUUGCUGUCUUCCCAGAACCAGAAUUUGAUAUGCCCAUAUUUUGUGCCAACUUCUUCAGCAGUGCAAAUACGAACAUAGUUGUUCUGGACCUCAAUCCCUUGCAUGAUGUCAUCAGUCAAAGAGAUUACAAAGAAAAAUACUAUAAAGGCCUAAUACCUCUUGGCCUUAAAUAUGCUGAGCUUUUACCCUGGGGAGGAAAGCUUACUAGCGAGUCAUUAAAAUUUUUUUCACCAAUUGUGAUAUGGACAAGAUUUACAUCAAGCUCCUACAAAUAUGAUGUUUUAUAUUCUGCAUUCAUGGAUUAUUACAAGGCGUGGCUUGAGCUGAUGGACCAAGCAGUAGUGGAGACAAAUGCCUCUAAAAUUAUGUGUAACCGUGAAGCACAACAUAGAUAUCUAACAUGGAGAGCAGAGAAGGAUCCUGGGCAUGGACUUCUAAAAAAGUUGAUUGGGGAGACACAAGCAAAGGACUUGCUGGUGAACUUCCUCUUUAAUGGAAUUGAUGAACUAGGAAGCAAAAGCUUCCUAGAUUACUUUCCUGAGUACUGCUGCGAGGACGGGACUAUAAAUCAGAGUCGCAGUAUAAUUGGAAAGUCUUUUGAAAGUCGCCCUUGGGAUGGGAAAGGAGAAUUUAUUAGUAACAGUUUUGAAAAUUAGAUUGCAGUUUUGUGUUCCAAUCUGUUGCACUUGUUUUCCCUUUGUGGAUGUUUUUCCUUUCUUCUUUUGGAAUGCAGAUGUUGUAUAUAGUAAUUACUUUUGCUAAAACAGAAAACGCUAAUCGGACUCUGUGUUGUGCAGUUCAAUUAUUUUAGUGACAAGGUUGGGCCAGUUUUACUUUGUGCAGUUCAA